UCCAAUACUAGACAGUUGGAUUUCGAUUUGGUAUUUGAGGGCCGGCAACAUGAAAUUCACAAACAGUUGCGUGCGGAACGCGAACGAGUUUACGUAGUGGAUUUAUGUAUUAUUUAUAAACGGAUUGGUUGAUUGGUGGUGUGUAGCCAAAUGAAAUUACUCAAAAUUUUGUGUGAGCGUACGAAAUUUCAUCAAAAACAACAACAAAAAUGUGCAUUAGCGCGAAAUAACGUAAAAUAAAUUUAACUAAAAAUUGUUGAACAAUUAAUUCACUCAAACGCACAACAACAACAACAUUUACUCAACGAUUUCCCUUUCACUACGCCUACGAAAAUUCUGAAGAAAAAAAAAAACAAAAAAACAAAAUUCUGAAAGAAAAUAUAAAUAUCCCGUUCAAAGAAGAAUAUCAAAUCAGAAUUAAAAAUAACAAAGCUAAUAAUGACAAAGCCACGUGAAUAAAUACGCUAGCUAGCGUUUGUAUGUAUUGAAAAAUUUAUUUAAAAGUGCAAAUAAACUAACUGAAAUAUUAGCAAAAAAAGCUUAAAAAAGCUGAAACGAAUUCUGCCAGCAAAUGAAAGCGAACAAAUUCACAAAAGAGCAACAACAAUAGUAACAAAAUUAUUGCACAAAAAAAAAGUGAGAAAUUAAAUUUUGUGAAUACUUUAAUUGCCGUCUUUUUCAUGAAUUUUGAAUUAUGCGCCAGCAAGUUGUGGUGGGCAGCGGCAACGGGGUGCAUUCAACAGCAGCAACGGAAGCUCUGAGGCACGCAAUCUAAAAUAAUUGCUUGGCAACAAAAACAUAAACAAAAACCCAGAAGAAACACUAUUCAGCAAAGGACUUGAGAAUGCAUUGUGUGGCAACGGCAGCGUCAGCGUAAAAGUGCAACGAAAAAAAAUUAAAAAAAUAAAAUAAAAUAAGGCAAGCAGUAAGCUAUUGUGUUGCCAGAACUAAAAAAGAAGUGUCGAAAAAGUGUUGUAAAGAAACUUCUGAGUGAGAAAUAAUAAAAAGGCUGCUUCCGAUAAAAAGAAAAAACAAAACACAAAUAAGUGUAAGGAAGCGCUCUAAAAUUAACAGUGCUGGCGAAAAAUAAACCAAUUUGAGAAAAAUAUAUCCAAAUAAAUUCGAGCGAAUGAAAAUUGGCAAAAAAACUGCAAAAGCACACUUUGGAUUACAGCAAGCAGAAGGCAGAUAACUUCUUUAAAUAAUUAGCUAGUUCGAAAAAAAGCGAACAAAAAAGAGGCAAGCGCCGCGUGAAUUAACGUCUGGCAGAUAAACAAAACGCGCGAACAAGGCGACAAGCGAAGCUGAAAAAAAACCGCUAAGAAGAAAGUUGUAGCAGCUUCACGAGAAGCGCACAAAAAAAAAAAACGAAAUUAAGAAAGGCAAACAAAAAACACCGCCGGUCAACAGCGGCGCCAACAACACGUGAAAAAUUGUGAAAAACAAACAUUUACAUCUUUCAACAAAGAAACGAAACGACGAGAAAAACUUAAGCAUAAAGACUAGGCAAAAAAACCCAAACUAAAGAAAAAUAAACAAAAAACAAGCCAAACGAAAAUGGAGCAAUUUGCGGCACAAAUAUGGCAAGAGCAGCAGCAACAACAACAACAACAAAAACCACAACAGCAAAAGCAAUCCAUUGACGAGGUCAUCCCUGCUGUUGAACAACACGAACUGCAGCAACAAACUCCAACAGCAAACACCGUUGUUAUCGUCGACAAACUGCCCGCCAUUGAAGCAACCAUUAUUGACAUUCCACUGCCGGCAGCGACAUCAUUAUCCUGCCCUACAUCGACAAACACCCACACACCCACUGUUCCAGCAGCAGAGACGGUACCACUGGCAUCGUCGCUGUCUUCCACAGCCACUUUGUCCGCUUCGUCCUCGUCCUACGACACCGAUAGCAGUACAGCGAGUAGCACUUGCUGCACGCGACACGGUGAACACAUUUACAUGGAGAAGGCACAGCAUAAAUUGCAACAAAAGCAACAACAAAAAUACCUGCAGGAAAACCACCAUCAGCAGCGGCAUCAACAUCAGCAUCAGCAACAGCAUCAGCAACAACAACAACAACAGACGAAGAAAUACGCUUGUAAUGCGGAUCCGGAAGCGGCGUACUUGAAGAAUGAUUUGAGGCUACAUUGGCCAUUCUUCAUGCUGGCGAUCUCGCUCAUUGAGAUCGCAAUUUUCGCUUACGACUCAGCCACAGUGCCGGGCACGGCGACGACACGUCAACUCAUCCCACACAUGCCCAUCGCAUCCGAUUCGGUUUUCAUCUAUCGUCCCGAUCGUCGUUUACAAGUGUGGCGUUUCCUCUCCUAUAUGUUUCUACAUGCCAAUUGGUUUCAUUUGGGCUUCAAUGUGGUCAUUCAACUCUUCUACGGCAUCCCGCUGGAGGUAAUGCACGGUUCAGCGCGUGUGGCGAUCAUUUACUGUGCGGGCGUUUUUGCCGGUUCGCUGGGCACCAGCGUAGUCGACUCGGAGGUGUAUUUGGUGGGCGCCAGCGGUGGCGUAUACGCAAUGCUUGCCGCACACUUGGCCAACAUAACACUCAAUUACAGGCAGAUGCGUUAUGCGGUGGCGCAAUUGUUGUCGGUGUUGAUAUUUGUUUCAUGCGAUCUGGGUUACGCGCUAUACUCACAAUAUCUCGAUGCCGACGCGGCGAUCAAGCCGACACACAUCGAUCGCACUUGGCCCAAUCUCGAUCCCCCACCAGUCUCAUAUGUCGCUCAUAUGACCGGUGCGCUGGCGGGCUUCACCAUCGGCCUACUGGUGCUGAAGAAUUUCGAACAUCGCGCUUAUGAGAAUCUUAUUUGGUGGCUGGCGUUGGGCGUCUAUAGCGCCUUCACUGUCUUCGCUAUCGUUUUCAAUCUGAUCAACACGAUGACCGGGCAGCUGGUAGAGGAGCGUAGCGAAGUUGUGGCACAGCAGUUGUUGUACGAUUUGGGCGUGUCGUAAAAAGUCUGUUUGCGAUUAUGGACAAUUUAAGCGAAGAGGAUGCAAAAAAAAAUAACUCGUAAAAAGUUUUAGUGAAAAAGUUUGGCUGAGCAAGCAAGAGAGAUUAACAAAAAUGCAGUUAGCACAGAAGAAAAUAAGGAAAAAUUAUUUCAAAUGAAAGUACGCUCGAAUUUAGUGCCGCGCGCGCGUUAAUUAACCAAACAGCUAGGAAGUUAAAAUAGCAAAUAUCGCAAACUUCAAAUUUUACUCCUACUAAAUAUAUUUAUUUUGCGCAUUUUUGUUAAUCCUUUUUAUAUUUAAUUUUGUUUUUUUUUUUUUUUUAACAAUUACUCUAACGUUUAAAGCACCUAAAUAUUUUCGUUACAGUUCUUGUUUAAUUUAUCAUUUGAUUUCGUUACUUUUUUACUUGUUUUUCAUAUUCAAAUAUUUUGCAUCGAACGCAAAUAAAACCCCCAAAUCGUAUAAACAAAUGUUGUGAUAAUACCAAAGACUGAAUUAAUUUUGAAAAUAAAAAUAAAUAAAUAAAACACACAUACACACACACAAAUGUGCAUUCAAGCACGCUUGAAUGACAUUUAGUUAUAGCAUUAAGAAUUGAAGAGAAAAAACAUUUAUUUAUUUAAUUAAAAUAUUUUUUUAAUAUGAAAUUGUAAACAUCAAUGCACAAUCGGGUCACACACACACACACACAUACAAAACCAAAUAUUGUAAAUGCGGUUAAAGUGCAUUCUGGCACUUUUGUAAAUACAUACAAACUGAAGUAGCCUAAAGGUUUUUCGAAAAAAAAAAAUAUAAGCGAAUACAAGUAUGUACAACGCUUUGUUUGUAUAAAUGUAUGUACAUAUAUGUAUUAGAAAAAAGUUAGGAAUCAUCUCCUCGUUAUCCCCCGCAAGUAAUAAUAGUUAAACUAAAAUGUGAACUGAAGUGUACAUUAAACGCUAAAAAUCGCAUUUUCACAAAAAAUAACGCACUAGUCAACCAAAAACAAAAAUUAAUGAAAUAUAAAAAAACAACGCAGUCGACAAUUGGCCGGCAAAGGGAGCGACGAAAGCCGAAAUGCGGCUAAUGAGCGCACACUUGGAUAAAAAAUUCAGUUUCUUUUAUAAUUAAAACAAAUUCUUUUUUUUGCAUCUAAUGUUCGA